AACAUCAUCUUUUAUCACCCCUCUGUCCCCUUCUUCUUCUUCCUCUGUCCUCUGCAACUCCAAAUCAAGAACACCCAGAAAAAACCGCCGGAUUCUGAGCAAUGCAGGUCCCCAUUUCCGCCAUUUUCAUUCACCUUCUCAUUUUUCUCUCGAACCCACUUUGGGUUCUUGGCAACGAUGAGCUCAAGGCCCUUAUGGACAUGAAGGCGUCUUUGGACCCUGAAAAUCAGUAUCUAGCUUCAUGGAGCGUCAAUGGAAACCCUUGUGGUGGCUCGUUUGAAGGGAUUGGGUGCAAUGAAAUGGGCCAAGUGGUCAAUAUGUCGCUGCAGGGGAAAGGGCUUAAUGGGAAGCUCUCCCCUGCCAUUGCUGGGCUUAAGCACUUAACAGGGCUGUAUUUGCAUUACAACUCGUUGUUUGGAGACAUUCCUAAAGAGAUUGCUAACUUGACAAUGCUUUCUGAUUUGUAUUUGAAUGUCAAUAACUUUUCUGGUCAGAUUCCGCCUGAGAUUGGGAAUAUGAAGAACUUGCAAGUUUUGCAGCUUUGUUAUAAUCAGUUUAGUGGAAGUAUACCGACACAACUUUCAUCUUUGAAGAAGCUUGCUGUUCUUGCUCUUCAAUCCAAUGAGUUGAGUGGUGCAAUCCCUGCAAGCUUGGGAGGAUUGGAUUUGUUAGUUAGAGUGGACUUGAGCUCCAAUCAUCUCUUUGGCUCUGUUCCUUCUAGACUUGCCUAUGCGCCGUUGCUUGAAGUUCUUGAUGUUCGGAAUAAUUCGCUCUCUGGCUAUAUACCUCCAGCUCUAAAGAGAUUGAAUGAAGGAUUCUUGUACCAAAACAACUUGGGAUUAUGUGGAGUUGGCUUUCCAUCCUUGAAAGACUGUGCUAGUUCAGGUCACACUACUCAAAACCAACCCGAACCAUAUGCCUCCGGGGUGAUGCCAACGCGUGACAUACCCGAAACAGCCAACGUUCAAUCACCAUGCAACCAUACUCACUGCCCGAGUUCAUUUAAAUCUCGAAACGCCUCAAUCAUUGGUGUACUUAUUAUGACUAUCACACUUUCAGCUAUUGGAAUCCUAACAUUCACACAAUACCGUCGUCGAAAACAAAAGCUUGGAUCAUCAUUCCACAUAACCGAUCACCGUCUCAGCACGGAUCAAAUCAAAACUUACAAGAAGAAUGGAUCCCCUCUUGUCAGUCUCGAGUAUGCCAACGGCUGGGACCCCUUAGCCGACGGUCGAGGCUUCAGCGUUUUAGCUCAGGAAGUGUUCCAAAGCUUCAGAUUCAACUUAGAAGAGGUAGAGACAGCCACCCAAUACUUCUCAGAUAUCAAUUUGUUGGGGAAGAACAACUUCUCUGCUACAUAUAAAGGGAUUUUGAGGGAUGGCUCAGUUGUUGCUGUUAAGAGCGUUUGUAAAACAAGCUGCAAAUCAGAAGAAGCUGAGUUCUUGAAAGGUUUGAGCCUUUUAACUUCAUUAAGGCAUGAAAACUUGGUGAAAUUUAGAGGCUUUUGCUGCUCAAAAGGCAGGGGAGAAUGCUUUCUUAUCUAUGAUUUUGUUCCUAAUGGGAACUUGUUGAGAUAUCUUGAUGUCAUGGAUGGUGAUAGCCAUGUUCUUGAAUGGUCUACCCGAGUCUCCAUUAUACGGGGCGUCGCUAAAGGUCUUGCAUAUCUUCACAAGAACGAAGCGAACAAGCCUGUUCUUGUUCACCAAAGUAUCUCAGCUGAGAAGAUUCUUAUCGAUCAGCGCUUCAAUCCGUUGCUCUCAGAUUGUGGCAUACAAAAGCUUCUUACGAAUGAUAUUGUCUUCUCUGAGCUCAAAGCUAGUGCAGCUCGUGGCUACUUAGCUCCUGAGUAUACCACAACAGGUCGAUUCACAGAUAAGAGCGACGUUUAUGCAUUUGGUGUGCUUGUGCUUCAAAUCCUCUCAGGGACUAGAAAGAUCACUAGCUCAUUGCGUGGUGCUGCGGAAGCGUGUCGCUUCGGGGAGUUCAUUGACUCGAAGCUCCAUGGUCGGUACUUUGAAUAUGAAGCGACUAAGCUUUGUAGAAUGGCAUUGCUUUGCACGCAUGAGUUGCAGAGUGAGAGGCCGUCGUUGGAAGCUAUUGUUCAGGAGCUUGUGACCUGCAGCAGCUGCCUAUGAAUGAAUGGCUUGGCUAACUGUUCACUUGGUGAAUUGUGUAUGAACUUUGUCCAAAGGACUGAACUUUGCCUGUUUUUGUUGCUAACAGUUUCCUGUGAAUGUGGGCUUCCGAGGAUUUUUAAGGCCUUUUACUAUUCUUUUAAACUUGUUA